GGGAAUCUUAACGGUCAAAUUUGAAAAGCUCCGCUGUCCUCUCCGAGAUUCUGAACCUUUUCAUGACCGUUUUGCUUCUCUGUUCUGUUCUCUUCCUUUUUCUCUCUUCUCCCUUAUCAUGACAUUCACAACACUCCUUUCUCUUCUUUAGAACCAAAGUCACUUUAAUAAUCAUGAGGUGCUUUCUGCCUUGUUUUCGCACUUCUAAACGCCGAAACCAAUCAUCUUCUGCAGAUGCAACUCCUACACAAACCCGUGUGGGAGAAGAACCAGUUGUUCAAGAACUCAUUGAUUGCAUAGCGGAAUUAAAAAUAAAAAACGAAGAGCAAUCAAAUAACAGUGCUGGAAUCAUCAAGGAUGAGCAUGAAAAAACAUCAAAGGAAGAUGAGAACAAGGAUGGCCGUGAAGAAGAAGAUGAUGAGAUUAACAAAAGAUCGCAUCAAGAAGAGUCUUCGGAGUCACUGUUCUCUCUCUCCAUUUGUUCUCGAAAACAAGUUUCAGAUGCCGAUGUUGAAGUCAACAGUGCAAUGCAAUUCGUAGGCAAAAGAGAACAUGUUUCGUCGCUUCUGAGUCCAGGUGAAAAAUUUUCUCAAGAGCAGCAACCAAGUUCCAUUGCCAUAAAGAAGGAACAAGAAUCUUCGGCCAAUGAACCGAUCAAUAAGUUGGACGAAAACGAAGGAGAAAAAGAGAAAGCGAAUCACCCUGUCCCUCAUUAUAGGUAUAGAGAUUGCCAUGAUGAGGGAUACGAUGAUAUUAAUUUAGAUGAAAGUGAUUUGGAUGCUACGGUUGUAGAUGAUGAUGAUCGUCACAGUGAGAAGAGAGAAAAGGAAGAAGAGUCUUCGGAAUCUUUGUUUUCUCUGUCUGCUGAUUCUAGAAUUCGAAUUUCAUCAGCUGAAGAAGCAGAGAACGAAGUUAACAGUCUAAUGCCAUUGCCAGAUCAUGGUACAAAAUACGUCACACAAAAAGGAACAAAAGGGAAGAUUCAGGAUGUUUCCUCAGUGCUGAAUCCAAUUGAGAAUCUUACACAAGGGAGGAUUGGCAAAGAAACAGUGCUUCAGCCACUGAAGAAGGAUAAAGAAAACAUGAACUUGGUAGUGCAAGAUGUUAACAUACCCAUCAGUCCAGAGCCUAGUUUGAAGGUGGCAAAGCGCAAGCCAAGGCAGAAGUUGAAUGAUAAGAAGGAAGAAAUUGAAAUUGGGGUUGACACAAGCCUCUCGAGCUGGUUGGCUGAAUCGGAAACCACGCCCAAAGGAAGAAGAGGUUCACCUUGGAGUCACGAGGAGAGGCCAAUUUUAGGAGCAUUAACUGUUGAUGAGAUAAGGAUGUUUUCUAUAUCUAUAUCUCCAAAAAAGUCUAGUAGCCGGAGUCCGGACGAGACACCCAUCAUAGGUACUGUUGGGAGCUACUGGAGUCACACAGAGCAGAGUAUGGAGUUGGAAUUCAACAAAAGUGGAAAGGAUCUGAAAAGAGGUUCAACAGCAUUACAGGCCAGACUAGAACAAGCGUUUGAAGCCAGUGUUUCAGAAGUUUGAGCUAGGAUCCUUUCGGUGAUUUUUGUUUUUGUAGCCAUGGAAGUAUAUUUGCAUAAACCAUUUUUUUUUCUUUACUAGUAUAUUAUUCAGUUCUUUGAUCAUAUGACGCGUAGGUAAUUUAAAAUUGACAUUCUUACGUUCGCAGUUGUUUUGUGCAAAUACAAAUAUCGAGCAUAAUUAGGGUCUAGACGAUGCUUUGAAAAUAAAAAUCAUUGUUCCAAA